ACUGGCAGUAGCAGCAUUAGGGUUCUUUGCCAAGAAGAGGGCUAAAAAAACAAAGGAAAUGGCGACGGCGAUCAGUGCGAUCGUUGGCCGUUCCACCUCCCUGUGCUGUGCACUCUCUCCACCUCCCCGGAAAGGGAAGGAAGGACCACUCUCUGUGAUUACCAGGCGAAGCUGCACCGCCGCCGCAAGUCGCCUUUCUUGGGGCGGCGCUGGGAAGAGAAUGCCGAAUUUCGCCCUUUUUUCUUCGAACUCCGAUCAGCAACCAGAGGAAGCCGAAGGUGCCGAGCUAUUGGAUGAAGUUUUUCUUCCCCCGGAUGAUGUUGAUUACUUGUGGAAGCUGGUUGCUGGCUCUGUUGGUGGUGGUGCUGUGGUAAAAUAUGGUAGCAUUCUUUUCCCUGACAUAGCUAGACCUAAUAUUGCGCAAGCUCUGCUGAUGGUUUCAUUAUCAGUGCUGGUUGCUGUCCUAAUUUUAAUAAAGGAGAGCUACUCAACAUCAAAUGAGGACCUCUCCUAAAAAAUGUUCUGUAUCAGUAUGCUUGGUAGUAGGAAAAAAAUUCAAGCUAAUUUGGAUUCUAGCGUGGCUUUCUUGUAAUAUUUGUUGAAUCAACUCAAAUUCUCUCUC